CGCCGGGGGCAGCGGGCGGGCGGCGGUGAGGCGGCCUGCGGGGGGUCGCCGCCUUCCUCCGCGCUCCGCCGCUGCGCCGCGGGGCCGGCCGGCCGGUGGGCUCGCUCGCUCGCUGGCUGGCCGGCCGGGCCCGCUCCUCCCCUCCGCCAUGGCGGCCGAAAGUGGUCGCCAGUUCUGGAAGCGGAGCGCCAAGCUGCCGGGCAGCAUUCAACCUGUCUACGGAGCACAACACCCUCCACUGGAUCCCCGGCUCACCAAAAAUUUCAUCAAGGACCGCUCCAAGGCCAACGCGCUGCCUAUGAAAAGCAAGAAGGCCUCCAGCUUUCACGAGUUUGCCCGCAACACCAGUGACGCCUGGGACAUCGGUGACGACGAAGAUGAGGAUUUCUCUUCCUCGUCUUCCUCUUUGCAAACUCUGAACUCUAAAGUGGCCAAGGCCACGGCGGCCCAGGUUCUGGAGAACCACAGCAAGCUGCGGGCAAAGCCUGAGCGGGCCCAGGCCGCGCUCAGCGACGUGCCCACCAACUGCAAGGUCAUCAAGUCCAGCAGCGAGGCCCAGCUCUCCAGGACGUCUGAGGAGGCCUGUGUGCGCACCCCCCUCCAGAAGCAGCAGUCCCUUCCCCUUCGGCCCAUCAUUCCGCUCGUCGCCCGAUUCUCUGACCAAAAUGCUUCGGGUGCUCCCCCCAUGACGGUGAGGGAGAAAACCCGCCUGGAGAAGUUUCGGCAGCUCCUUUCCAGCCACAACACGGACCUGGAUGAGCUGAGGAAAUGCAGCUGGCCCGGUGUGCCCAGAGAGGUCCGGCCCGUGACGUGGCGUCUCCUCUCAGGUUAUCUCCCCGCAAACAUGGAGCGGCGAAAGCUGACUUUGCAGCGCAAGCGGGAGGAGUAUUUCGGCUUCAUCCAGCAGUAUUACGAUUCCCGGAACGAGGAGCACCAUCAAGACACCUACCGACAGAAAGCACGGCUGGUGUGUGUGACCCACCCUCUCUUCCAGAUCCACAUCGACAUUCCACGGACCAACCCACUCAUCCCCCUCUUCCAGCAGCCGCUCGUCCAGGAGAUCUUUGAAAGAAUCCUGUUUAUCUGGGCCAUCCGACACCCAGCCAGCGGCUACGUGCAGGGAAUCAACGACCUGGUCACUCCCUUCUUUGUCGUGUUCCUCUCGGAGUAUGUUGAAGAGGACGUGGAGAACUUCGACGUGACGAACCUGUCGCAGGAUGUUUUACGGAGCAUCGAAGCCGACAGCUUCUGGUGCAUGAGCAAGCUGCUGGACGGGAUACAGGACAACUACACCUUUGCACAGCCCGGCAUCCAGAAGAAAGUCAAAGCCCUGGAGGAGCUGGUCAGCCGGAUCGAUGAGCAGGUACAUAAUCACUUUAGGAAGUACGAGGUCGAAUACCUGCAGUUCGCCUUCCGCUGGAUGAACAAUCUGCUGAUGAGGGAGCUGCCGCUUCGCUGCACCAUCCGCCUCUGGGACACCUACCAGUCGGAGCCAGAAGGAUUCUCCCAUUUCCACCUGUACGUCUGCGCCGCAUUUUUGAUCAAGUGGCGGAAGGAGAUCCUAGAUGAGGAAGAUUUCCAAGGCCUUCUCAUGUUGUUACAAAACCUGCCCACGAUACACUGGGGGAACGAAGAGAUCGGCCUCCUGCUCGCCGAAGCCUACAGACUCAAGUACAUGUUUGCGGAUGCCCCCAAUCAUUACCGCCGAUAGGUGCCAGGACUCGACUCCCUCCUCUCCCCCGUGUUCCCUCCUCCUGGCCCGAUCUGAUCACUGUGGCAUUUUUGUCGUCCCGAAUCCUCGGACGCUCCGGCCGGGCGCUGCUCCUUGCUGUACAAAGCUCACGUUGACUCUUGUCUUAACUCCCAACGCGUGCCUGUCUGCCACUCCAUGCGCCUGAUGUGCCGCUCCAACCGCCCUCAGUAUUUCAGGCCGUGCCGGCGGCUCGAGCCGGGGAGAGAGGCUGGAAGGGGCUGGGGGCACAUGGAGGGCAGCUUUACCAAUAAACUGAGCCCAGGAUCCUGCCCUCCUAUCCUCUCCGCCCCAGGCUUGUCCGGCUGGGACCACCUUGGCUUUGCUGCCACCACCCGCGCUGUCCCCUCUGCUCCUUCUGCUGCCGUUUGCUCCACCUCGCAGGUGAAAAUGCCUUAUCAGAGCCCCACCUGGCUGCAAAAUCCUCCCCCCAGGGGCGGCAGAAGCGUCGCUCGGGGCCCAGAUUUGUUCUGAGGGGCUUGAGACCCCAAGCACUUUGUGGGUUCGUGAGAGAGCCCCUCGCCUGCCCUCUCUCCCCCCAGGCUCUUGGCCUCCCUCUCCCCCGGCAGCGGGACGGCCAUGGGGCCACGCUCACUCCAUCCACGCGCGGUUCGAACGGUGCGUGUAAGCUUGACGGGACUUUUGGGGACUGAUGUGCUGCUGGUACAGCCCCCAGCACGGGGCGGGGGAGCAGCACCUCCCAAAAACCCCCCUUGCAAAGCCCUCGCUCCUCCGAGGCGUUCUGUGUAUAUUGUGUUCUUGUGUAUAUGGGUCAGAGAUGUACAAUAUAUGUUUUUCUGUUUGUAGCAGAUAAUGAUUUUAUAUUUAUAAUGUGCACCCCUUGUUCUCCCAUCCCCUCUACGCCUGGGGACGGUGGCGUUGGGCUUUGGGCCCCUCCCGAGGUUUUGGGGACAUUUUGGAGCCGCCGGUAUUUCUGCUCCAAGGUGUUUUGGUGGUGUUGGAUGUGCCAGAAGAGCUGUGUUAGAAAUACCCAUCUCAGGCUUCCUGCACACAGAGGAUUCGGGUGUUCAAAGGAGAUGGAGCUCCCAGUGGGGAGCUGUGUUAAAACAGGGUACUGGGGCUCGUCGGCUGGAUCGUGUCCCUGUGCGGCCGGUGGCUCUGGGAGGGACAAUCCCUAUGGGGACGUGUCCUCACUGGUGUUGCCACCCUCCGCUUUUAAAUCAAACCAAUCGUGAAUGUUUUAACGGGACGUGUUCCGUGUUGUGCCAAGGGACCGCUCUGGCUCUCCCGCGGGCCGUGGGGACGAUGCCGGGGGACACGGAGGGUGGGGACGGGCAGCGGGGCCGAGCAUGUGAAAGGCAGAGCCUUGUUGCCAAUAAAACUCCAAACAGUGUCUCAAGAAA